AUGGACGUCAUAUUUGAAUCUUGUGUCAUUCUUGCCGCUCGAUAUCCGACACUGAUACCAUCGUUUGUAACAUCCCUGCUCAUUCCUGAGGAUGGAAACGAUCUUGCAACGCGCAUCUCUGUAACGACUUAUGCCCUCAUCGCGUGGAUUAUAGCGGCAUCGGGCUGCUUCCUACGCUAUUACUCUAUUAAAAUGCUUGGACGCUUCUUCACCUACCGCCUUGCACUUCGAAACGAUCAUGCUCUAAUUAGUUCCGGUCCAUAUUCGUACGUUCGUCACCCUGGAUACACAGGUGCAAUCAUCGCUGCGAUCGGGACAGGCAUGUUUCUUCUUGGUCCUGGGUCUUACGCUUACGAGUGUUUCGCGUUGCGAACCGUACCAGGCGCAAUCUGUGCAGCAAUAUGGGUAGGAUGGAAAGCCUUCGCGGCCGUCAACCUUAUACGCCGUACGGCUUAUGAGGAUGAGUUUCUCAGAGGCCAGUUCGGAAAGCAGUGGGACGACUGGGCUCGGAAAGUCGGUUAUAGACUUUUCCCCGGCAUUUAUUAG